AUGCGCAGAGCCCGCCUCGGCGCGCGCUUCUGCGCCCCGCGGAGGAGACGCAGGGAGGAGGCGCCCGCUGAACCUGAAGGGAUUUCAGCGUGGUGGAGUUGGGGUCUAAGGGGCGCCAGCGUACGAGCAGCUGUGGCGCCCGCGGCCCUUGAGAGAAUUGAGGAGGUGACGGUGAGGCGACACCGCGGCGCAGCUACCGCCAGCGACUGCGUCCGGAGGGUUUGUGAAACAGGAUCUGAAAACCCACCUGUUAGUGGUAAUCAUCAAAGGAAUUGUGACUAUUUUGUGGAUAGCCUUUUUGAGGAAGCUCAGAAGAUUGGUGCUAAAUGCUUGUCACCCACUGAAAAGAAGAAACAGGUAGAUGUAAGUAUAAAAUUAUGGAAAAAUGGAUUCACAGUUAAUGAUGAUUUCAGAAGUUACUCUGAUGGUGCAAGUCAGCAGUUUCUGAACUCCAUCAAAAAGGGGGAAUUACCUGUAGAAUUACAGGAGAUUUUUGAUAAAGAAGAGGUGGAUGUUAAAGUUGAAGAUAAGAAAAAUGAAGUAUGUAUGUCAACAAAGCCUGUAUUCCAGCCCUUCUCAGGACAGGGUCACAGGUUGGGAAGUGCCACACCAAAAAUUGUUUCUAUAGCAAAAAGUAUUGAAGUUGAAAAUAAAAGCAGUCUGUCUCCUGUGUCACUAAACAACCUGGAACCCAUCACUAAUAUACAGAUCUGGUUAGCCAAUGGGAAGAGGAUUGUCCAGAAAUUUAACACUUCUCAUAGGGUAAGCCACAUCAAAGACUUCAUCGAAAAAUACCAAGGAUCUCAAAGAAGUCCUCCAUUUUCUCUGGCAACAGCUCUUCCUUUCCUCAGAUUGCUAGAUGAGACACUCACUGUGGAAGAAGCGCAUUUACAGAAUGCUGUAAUCAUUCAGAGGCUCCAAAAAACAGCUGAACCUUUUAGAGGACUUUCAUAG